GUUCUUGGUGGUCGCUUUCAGCGGCUGGUCGCCGCCCCAGCAGUAGCUCAGACACAGAUAAUGACCCUGCCACUCGGCCGUAGUUGUGAUUAGCCUUGGACUGACUUCGUCGGCAUUAGGGCCAAGAUCGACGAGCCUUGUUGGAAGAACCCUGUUCGCCUUCAUCCUGCUGAUAGUCUUCUCGUAGUCGGACAUCCGGGCUGAUAUGGUUCCCAGCAUGCACCCUGUGAGAGAUUGCAUGACCGGGCCAAUAGGCCGUGAGGCGAAAUGCAAUGCCGCCGGCUCUCCUUUUUCAGCAAGCACUUUGAAGUCUUGCGAGACCAUUCUCCCCAGCUCAGACGCGCCCUUGAGCGCAAUCGAAAUGCCGACCUUGUCCUGGAAUGAUUUCCGAGUGCUGCCCAAAUACGUUGAAACAGUUGGACCGAUAGUCGACAUCGCAGACGUCGUGAUGACCAGGCUCAUAGCCUCGACUCUGCCAGGCACCUUCAGUAUUCGUGCCAGCAAGGUCUCCCCGCUCUUGGGACGGCCCCAACGCACGUCAAGCAUGUACAUGCACCACUCUAUGAACCUGCAGCUUUCCUUUCCGUCGGGGCCCAUGUCCCCGUUCCCAUGGCCGCCGCCAGGCAGAGCCGCGAUUACGGUCGCCAUUGGGAACGUGUGUGUACUCGUGGAAUGGUCCCCGACGAGUACGGCGACGGACUCACAGACGGAGCAGGAGUGUGGUUGCCAUGCUGACGCCUGUUCGCCGUGGCGGUCUUGGUUGGUGAUUCGGUAUGGCGAUGCGUGGCUGCCGCCGCUAUCAAGGGUGGAAGUCAUCACGGUGGCAGGAAAGCCUCAGUAUGGAAUUUGUUGUGGCCUGACGGAUAGUUUUGCAGCCUGGGCUCGUAUUAUACAACCGUGGAGCGCUAGAUCGCCUCAGAUGGUCUCUUCGGAAACGGCCGAAGUCGCUGGGGAUAGCCACAACAUGGCGAGAGAUGGAAGUGGAGGUCAUGUCAGCUGAAGGCUGUCCUCUGUGGUGCCAAGCUCAGAAACGAGGCUUCAGCUGAAUCCUACCUUGCCGCUGCUGCAGCCACUUCAUUGGCCUCACUACUGCCACUGGAUCUGAAACGCCAACGGCGAGGGGUUGCUCCUGCGCCUGAUGGUCCCAAGGGGGGAAGGGGGAUUGAUGCCUCAGGUUCAUGUUUGGUGAGCUUCAUGAGUCUAACACACGUUGGGCUGGCGAUGUCCAAAUUGUUUCUGUCUUGGUCCCAACAGCCCAUGAAGGAC